CUUUUUUUUUUUUGGUUCUUCUCUAUUGUUUCAUUUUCAUAUAUAGGCAACCUUUUCGUUCAAUAUGACAAGUUCAUCUCAGAACAAACAUAUUGCAGCCAUUGUGUUCCCUUUUGGUAGCCAUCAAGUUCCUUUCCUGAAUUUAGUAAUCAGGCUAGCACAAGCUUGUCCCAAUGUCACAUUUUCAUUCAUCAGCACUGCUAAAUCCAACCAAACUCUCUUUUCCAGGCCAAGCAUCCCAGGAAACAUCAAAUCUUAUGAUGUUUCUGAUGGAAUCGCAGAGGGACAUGUCCUCGGAGCACAUCCAUUUGAGAAACUGAACCUGUUUCUUCAGGCUGGUUCUGAGAACCUCCAAAAGGGUAUAGAUUUGGCCGUUAAAAGCACAAAUCAGAAAGUCACUUGCAUUCUUGCUAAUGCUUUUGUAACCCCUUCUCUUAUAGUGGCUCAGAACCUGAAUGUUCCUUGGAUUGCACUUUGGCCUCCACUUUCAACUUCACUCUCUGUCCAUUUCUACACUAACCUGAUCAGACAACACUGUGCUGACAGAAACAAAACCAGAUCCUUGGACUUCCUUCCUGGUCUGUCCCAGAUUCGACUUGAAGACAUCCCAGGCGACGUCGUACCACGUUCUGAUGAAGAAGAGCCAGUGUUUUCAAAAUCACUAGCUUCUAUGGGAGAAGUACUGCCUCAUGCCAGAGCAGUAGUAAUUAGUUUCUAUGAGGAACUUGACCUACCUCUCUUUGUUCAGGACAUGAAAUCCAAAUUACAGUCUAUGCUUUACAUUGGUCCUCUUACUUUAUCACCAUCCGACACAAACAUAGACACAAACAUGGAUCCAGAUUGUUGCUUGCCAUGGUUGGACAAGCAAGGUUCUAGUUCAGUGGUUUAUAUCAGCUUUGGAACUGUGGUGGCCCCACCACAACAUGAGCUUCUAGAAGUUUCAGAAGCACUGGAAGCCAGUGGGUUUCCAUUUCUAUGGUCUCUAAAGGAUGAUCAAAAGAGUCUUUUGCCAAAUGGGUUUGUUGAGAGGACAAAUAAACGAGGGAAAAUAGUGUCUUGGGCUCCUCAGGCACAGGUUUUAGCAAAUGGGUCUAUUGGAGUGUUUGUGACUCACUGCGGCAAUAGCUCAUUGCUUGAGAGUAUGGCCAAUGGAGUGCCCUUGAUUUGUAGGCCUUUCUUUGGAGAUCAAGGCAUGGCUACCAGAUUGGUUGAGGAUAUAUGGAAGAUUGGGGUCAAAAUAGAAGGUGGGGUUUUCACCAAAAAUGGAUUAAUUCAAAGUUUGAAUCUGAUUUUGGUGGACGAAGAAGGGAAGAAAAUCAGAGAAAAUACCUUGAAGGUGAAAGAGACGAUGCAAAGAGCUUCUGGGGCAGGCGGCAAAGCUGAGCAGGAUUUCAAGACUUUGGUGGAAAUCAUUAGUAGCUCUUAAUGAGCUAAAGUUCAUUUCAAUCUUUGUUAUUGACCAGGAAGAAAUAAAUGAGUCACGCUACUUAUUUAAGGGGGGAAAAAAACAAAACAGGAGUCAAGCUUGGUUAAUGAAUGCUGCUUAAUAAUUACUAUAAGUUUUCUUCUUGCUUCACGGGAGCUUUAUUUUGUCAUUUCAAUGAAGUUAUUGCUUUUUU